GCCAGCUCCCAUGGAAGAUGGCCACCAUGCUGGUCCUUGUACUCUGCCUUCUGUCUGCACUAUAAGAUACAAAACAAAUAAAAAGGAAAAAAAAACUGCAAAUGAGCUGCCGAGAGUGGGGUUUAAGGGAUCAACCAAUCGCCUAAACCCUCGAUGGCUAGAAGUGGACGGACCGAUGCAUUAGUGAACUGUUGAAUUAUCUGAGGUUCUUGGAAUAAGAAGUAUAGCCAAGCAUAUGUAUUUUGGUUUCUUAGAAAUUAUUGUGCCCUAAGAAUACAUUGGAUCUUGGUGCCUCUUAUAUGGCGACGUGCAUUCCGUUUAUAACAUCAUUUGACGCCCGAUGUUCGCUUCAAAUUUCUGUUUUUCCUGGAGGAGGAACACUAUUAGACAGCGGCAUUGGCAGAAAUUGCUCACUCAGGUUCUGUCAUGGCUGCAAAACCCCCUUUGGCUUAGGGCAGACGACAAACUCCAUUACCACCAUCAACUCUAGACUGAAAUGCUGUUCAAAUUCUCACAUUAUGAAAUAUCAGAAGAAAGACCCUUUUUUGAAUACGCAUCCUGAGGUUUCAAUGCUUCGAGGAGAGGAGAAUAACCCACUUCUUAAUCCAAGAAAGGAUAACGCAGGUGAAAUUUUCUUUGAGGAUGCAAUGGACUCAUCUCAUUAUAAAGAAGAUAAUGCAGCCACGAUAAAAGUGGUUGGAGUUGGUGGUGGAGGUUCUAAUGCUGUCAAUAGAAUGAUUGAGCAUUCCAUGGAUGGAGUGGAGUUCUGGAUUGUUAACACGGAUGUUCAAGCCAUGAGGAUGUCUCCGGUAAACCCUGAGCAUCGCUUGCCUAUUGGACAGGAGUUAACCAGGGGUCUUGGUGCUGGUGGGAACCCAGAUGUUGGCAUGAAUGCUGCCAGGGAAAGCAAAGAAUUGAUAGAGGAGGCUGUUUAUGGUGCUGAUAUGGUUUUUGUAACAGUUGGGAUGGGUGGGGGGACUGGGACUGGUGGUGCUCCUGUGGUUGCUGGAAUUGCAAAGUCAAUGGGCAUACUCACAGUUGGUAUAGUCACGACUCCUUUCUCAUUUGAGGGAAGGAAACGAGCAGUUCAAGCACAAGAAGGAAUUGCAGCUCUAAGGGAAAAUGUUGAUACGCUCAUCAUCAUUCCAAAUGAUAAGCUGUUAACUGCUGUUUCUCCAAGCACACCUGUGUCCGAAGCAUUUAAUUUGGCGGAUGAUAUACUAAGACAAUGUGUUCGUGGCAUCUCGGACAUAAUCACAGUUCCUGGUCUGGUUAAUGUUGAUUUUGCUGAUGUACGUGCAAUAAUGGCAAAUGCUGGUUCAUCUUUAAUGGGCAUUGGAACUGCAACAGGAAAAACCAGAGCAAGAGAUGCUGCAUUAAAUGCCAUUCAUUCACCAUUGUUAGACAUAGGCAUCGAAAGGGCUACGGGUAUCGUAUGGAAUAUAACCGGAGGUUGUGAUUUAACAUUGUUUGAGGUAAAUGCUGCAGCAGAAGUAAUUUAUGAUCUUGUUGAUCCAAGUGCCAAUUUGAUAUUUGGAGCUGUUAUAGACCCUUCAAUUAGUGGUCACGUGAGCAUAACGCUUAUUGCAACAGGCUUCAAACGCCAGGAAGAAACAGAUGGCCGCACUUCCCAGGGAACACAGCUGGGCGGUGGUGCUGACCACCGUGGCAACAGUAGGCGCACGAGCUCGUCUCUCGCCGACGGAACCACAUUCGAAAUUCCAGAGUUUCUACGAAAAAAAGGAAGAUCGCGUUAUCCUAGAGCUUGAUAAAUUUGUAUGACUAGUUACCAAUUUAGUUUUAUUCUUUCCUUUAUAUAGAUGAUCUCAACCUCACUAUAGUUGGUUUUGUGCAUAUUCUCAGUCCUGUUCCUGUCCCCUUUUAGUCCUUCUGAUUUGAACUUAGUUAAAACUGUGAAACCUUCGUUUACGAGUAAGAACUCUAAAAUUUUUCAUUUUGAUGACAUGAUAUACCGUCGCAACGCAACUGAGAUCUCACCCACAACCAUUUAAUGUCUGGAGGUAAAAAUUUAUUGAGGAUUUUAUAAUUGGUGCAAUCCCGGUAUUUAGUUGCAUUUA